AGCGGUUCGGUCGGAGCCGUUCGGUUACCAGAGUGACCCGGGGCUGCGGCGGCGGCCGGGAUAUCCCGCGCUUGGGGCUGAACGGGACUGCAGCGUCGCUUCCCGCCACGUGUGCACCUUCAGACCCCAGGCUCAAGGACCUCAGGCUCAGGUCUUUGGCUGGCCCAGGACUACAUCCAAAGAAAACCAGUAAGCAUCUGUCUGAGGAGGCCUCUAUCAGUAAGUCUUAGUUUUCCUUAUAUGACAUCUGGUCCUGGUUCUGUUGGGAUCCCAUCUGGGCGCUAAGGAGAAGUCACACUCUUUCUUGUCCCCCUGUGCCCUGUGCUGUUUUGUCUUUCCUGUCUCUUUGUCCCUAGUCUUCUGUGGUUUGGACUUGGGGUGACUGGACAACAAAAUGGGUAAUAAGACUAGUAAAGUUGAUUAUUGUAAAGUUGAUACUCCCUUAAAGUGUGUACUGGAAAAUUUUGACUUACUUUACACUCGUAAGGUUAAGAAGAGUUAUUUUGGUCACUUUACCAAGGAACGACUCCAGACCCUCUGUGAACAGAAAUGGCCCACAUUAGGGGUUGAAUGGCCGCCUGAGGGCACCUUCGAUCCCAAGGUGGCAUGGGCCGUUUAUGAGGCUGUCAUCAGGCUACCCAACUUAAUGAACCAGUUUGGAUACAUCGUGCCUUGGGCACAGGCAACAUCUAAGCCACCAGUAUGGAUGAAGGAGUAUAUAAUCGUAAAUGGCCUUCAUUCCCCAUCGCCUAGCCCUCCUCAGUCCCGGCCCCAACUCCAACCCCUGACUCAGCCUCCACCUCAAUCUCAACCCCUGUCUCAACCUCAGCCCCCGCCUCAACCCAAACCGCUCACUCAACCCCCACCUCAACACCAAGCUGUAUCCCAGCCCUGUGAUGUCUGUGUGCCUUUCACCAGCACUGAUCUUCAUAACCGGAACAUCCAGAACCGACCUUCCCGCACCAACGCGAGCUGCAUAGAUGUGGUGCCUUUAACCACCAUUGAUCUUCUUAACUGGAAGGCGCAGUACCCUCCUUUCAGCACAGACCCCAAGCCCCUAACCUCUCUAGUUGAAUCUGUCUUUCUCAUCUACCAUCCCAGUUUAGAUGAUUGCAAGCGUAUCUUCUAUGUGUUAUUCACAAGGGAGGAGAGGGAACGGAUUCUGACAGAAGCGUCUAAAGCAUUUCCUGGGCUCUCGGAACUGCCUGGCGGACGUGUCCUGUUUGGGCAGAGUGCAGACUGGAAUUCUAGGGUAGAGAAUGGUGGGAAGUCCCUCAGGGAAUACUACCAGGCUUUGCUGGAGGGAUUGAAACGAGCAGCCCGGGAGCCCAUUGACCUUUCCAAGGUGGCAGCCGUGAGACAAGGUAAGAAUGAAUCACCUUCAGCGUUUCUCGAGCGCCUCCUAGAGGCGUACCGUGAAUAUACAACCAUAGAUCCAGAGGACCCGAUCUUCCUCUCCUCCGUUGACCUGGCCUUCAUAUUUCAGUCUGCCCCCGAUAUAAGGGAUGCAAUCCUAAACAAGGAUGAAUAUCCGAGUAUGAGUAGGUUGGAAUUACUGGAAAUAGCCCAGGACGUGUUUAACAAUAGAGAAUACAAACAACAGCAGCUGCUAAUAAGGCAAUUGACUAAGGCUAUCACCUCUGCGCAACAAUGUGCUGCCUGCAGUCCUGGUCAGAGAACGCACAACCAAAGGAGCAGGCCCCUGCGAAGAAACCAGUGUGCUUACUGCAAGGAGUUGGGGCACUGGAAGCCUGAAUGCCCCCAACAGAGAUGGGUAGGUCCUCCCUGGCCAAAGCCACGUUUUGCUUGAGGACAAUAGUGAGGCCAUAGCUUUUUCAAAUUAGGCCCCCAAGAGUCUAUGGUAAUCUUUUUAAUUAGUGUCAACCUAUAAACUUUUCCUUGUCAACAUGGGGCCUUCACCUUUUUUGUUUUGUUUUGUUUUUUGUGUCCCAUUACCACCCCCCAGCCCCGCAGGAUCUCUCUGUAGCUUUGGAGCCUGACCUUGGAGCUAGCUCUUGUAGACCAGGUUGGCUACAAACUCACAGAGAUCCACUUGCCUCUGUCUGGGAUUAAAGGCGUGCACCACCACCGCCCAGCUCACAUUUGGUAUUUCAAAAACCCUUGGGGCUGCUCACUGUUCAAACAAUGGAAAUGCAGGGGAAGUCAGGAAAUAUAAGUGGACUGGGAAUCUGGGAAAGGGGACAGUGAUUGAUUCCUUCAUGACUCCCUGAAUGUACCCAUUCCCUUUGCUGGGAAGAGACCUCCUAAGCAAGCUCCAGGCAACUAGCUUAUUCUCAGGAGAUAUGCCUAAACUACAACUAGGGUGCCCAGCCACAGUCUUGACCAUCACCUGUCCCUUAAGUGAGGAGUUCCUCCUCCUCUUCCUCCUCUAGGGUCUGAUCCAAGGCCCUGAGGGGAAAUUAAAAGAGCAAGUGAUCCAGCUCUCUGGGCCAGAGCUAGUCCUUCUGGUCUGGCCAAGCAUGUGUUACCACUUAGAGUUCAGCUGACUUCUCAGGCCAUGCCCAUCUGUGUCAGAUGGUAUCCCAUCAGUACAGAGACCAGAGAGGGACUCAAUUGCCUCAAGGCAGGCAUGCCACUCAGCAUGGAACCCCCCCCCCCUUAUUACCAGUCCAAAACCUGGGAUUAGUACAGUAUAGGAUUUAAAGAGAGCACAUGAAUGGCUGGAACCUGUUUGCCCAACUGUUCCCAACCCUUAUACUCUGUUCAUUCAGCAUGCUGCUGUUGAGCAUCGGUUUUAUACUGGACUGGAUCUAAAGGAGGCAUUUUUCUUUUCCCUUGUCAGAAUUAAGUAAGCCUGUCUACAUUUAAACAGGCUGACCCUGAACUGAGAAUAUCGGGGGCAACUGAACUAGACCCGAUUACCUCGGGUUCAGCAAAUCUUCUGCCAUCUUUGAUGAAGCCCUCAACCAGGAAGUCAUAAUUUGAAUCCCUUUUCCAACCACAAAGAGGCACAUUAGGGCAUUCCGGGGUUUCAUUGGGUAUUGCUGCCUCUGGAUACCUAAGUUUGUUGGCGUUGCCAUACUCUUGUGUUCAGCCACGGCAAGGGCUUAAAACCCCUUUGUGGAGUGCACUGAGGGAAGUUAGCAGUUCUUUUUUUGUUUUUGUUUUGUUGUUGGUUUUCAAGACAGGGUUUCUCUGUAGCUUUGGAGCCUGUCCUGAAGCUAGCUCUUGUAGACCAGGCUGGUUUCGAACUCAGAUUUGCCUGCCUCUGCUGAGUGCUGGGAUUAAAGGUGUGCACCACCACCGCCUGGCUAAUUAGCAGAUCUUAAAGGAACUUGAAAGUGGCUCUUGUGUAGGCUCUCUUUAACUCUUCCUGACAUCUCCAAGUUCUUCAACCUCUGUGUUAAUGAGAGAAAGGACAUUGCCAAAGGAAUCCUGACCCUGGGUGUCUGGAAAAGGCCAGUUGCCUACAUUUAAAAAAGAUUGGAUCCUGGGGCCUCAGGAUGGCCCCCUUGUCUAUGAGCCAUGGCAGCGACCGCAAUCCUUAUAAAAGAGGCAGACAAACUUAGCCUGGUACAGAAUCUAACCACAACAACCCCAUGUGCAUUGGGACUCUAUUAAAAGAUGCCACUAAGCCGGGCGAUGGUGGCACACGCCUUUAAUCCCAGCACUUGGGACGCAGAGGCAGGCGGAUCUCUGUGAGUUCGAGACCAGCCUGGUCUACAAGAGCUAGUUCCAGGACAGGCUCCAAAACCACAGAGAAACCCUGUCUCGAAAAACCAAAAAAAAAAAAAAAAGAUGCUACUAAUUGCUGGGUGUCUAAUGCUGUCUAGCCCAAUAUGAGGCCCUUCUCCUAGAUAAGGAUAGAUUGGCUUUUGACAAACCCAUGGCUAUCAACUUUGCUACCCCAUCACUGGACAGUGACCCUCAGGAAACCAUACAUGACUGGAGAUCCUCGAUGUCAUUCAGGGUAGCUGGCUAGACCUCAUGGCUGGUCCCUUCACAGUCAAGGCAAUAGUUUUGUUUGUGAAGGAACUAGGAAUACUGGGGCAGCAGUAAUUCUGGGCCAGAAAGGAGUCGUUUGGUCAUAAGCUCUGUCCAAGAGGCACACUGGCCCAAAGAGAGGAAUAAUGGCCUUAACUCAGGCAUUGAAAUGAGCCAAGGGAAGCAAAACAGAACAUUUACACAGACAACCAAUAUGCCUUUGCCACAGCUCAUGUCCAAAGAGCCCGAUUAACCUCAGAAGGAAAAACAUUACAAAGAGGGAGAUGAUCCAAUUGUUGGAGGUCAUCUGGCUGCCUGAUGAACUGGCCAUAGCGCACUGAGGGAGCAUCAGAAGGACAGUAGCCCCCAAACCCAGGAGAAUAAUUACGCAGAUUAGAGAGCAAGGGAUGCAGCUCUUGGGGACCUUUGCCCCAAACCAUCUUGGAGCUAUUGGCCAUUCCUGAGCCCCCACUCUGCUUCAGUGAAGACACCCCUAUGAGCUGUCCAAAGGAGACUGAAUUACUCUGGCAUGGGAACCCAUCAAAAUUGCUGUGGGUAAUUUAUAUAACUGGAUAUUACUGGAUGAGAAAGUCUGCAUCCCCAGUCUAUUAGGGAAGAACUGGUUAAUUGCCAGCCACAAAGCAAUGUUCUUAUUACUUAAGAAAAUCUCAGAACUUAAUCUCUCCCCAUGUUUGGUUACCCAGACAUGGGGAGAUACUUCAAAACAUCUCAAAUUGCUGUUUGACUUGCACUCAGGUGAGUGCAAAAUCAGAGGUGUCACCCCAAAGGGUCUUCCAGGGGGGCGAUGGUUUGUAGCUCUAAGAAGCACUAUGGUAGACAUGGGUACCCUGUAGGAUUUGCUUCCCUGGGCUAGACAAACAUACAUCAGGGUGCCUUGCUUUUCUUUUUCUUUUUUCUUUUUUUUUUUUUUUCAGUUGUAAAUGUCCCCAGCCCAUUCCAAGUUGGAAGGGACAGAGUUUGCAGUAAUCAGCUUUCAGAUUAGGCUGAUCAGAGGUUAUAAUAGUGACCAAUACCUAACCUGCAUUAGUGAAUCGAAGUUCCCAUUUGCAAGUGGCUGGUCUAUGUGGAUUAUUAUAUCUGAAAUUCAAGGGUAAGAACAUAAUCCAACAGACCAGGACCAACCUUAUGGCUUCCAUAGUCUAAGGAAAGGAGUAAAAAAGCAAGUCAGUAACAAAGCAGUAAACCUGAACUUUGAGGGGAUGCCAUUCAGUGUCUUUGCGUUUUUGGCAGCCCCUCCCCACUUCUUCCACAGGGUCCUUUAGUGCCUUCUUGAGAUGUGAAUGCUACCAACCGUAACAGCGGGGAGCAUCCAAAGAAUCACAAUCAAGGGGUCUUCCAGUCUUGGUUGCCGGUAGUCAGUCUUGAGUUGGUGGCCUAGAACAUUUCCCCAGGUUGGAACAGGUAGUCAGGUAGUACCUGAUCAGUUGUGCGGCCUGGAUUUGAGGAAAGUUCUUAUUCCAGAGUUAAUUGCAAUCUCUUCAGGGAUUCAGAGAUUAGGUAAUCUGUGCUCUUUAUGUGCCCUGGGGACCAUUGGGGGUGGCUAUCCAUAAAUUCUUUCUCAUGGAGUGAGUUUAUGAGAAUUUCUUUUAAGGUUCUAAUCAUUUUUUCUAUAUUUCUACAUAGAAAUAUAUUUCUAUAUUUCCUGAACUCCGAUGGUAAUACAUGCAACAUAAUUUCUAAUUUAUAUUGAGGGCUUCUAAAGUCAUUCGAGACAGUUUGGCCAUAAAGAUCAGUCAAACCCCAGAGUUGGGGAGGCCAAAUCCCUUUACCAUAACUCCCAACCCCUCUAAAACCAACUCUAAUUGUCAGUUGUGGUCAUUGUAACAUUGUGUUUUCCAACUUAAAUCUGGAACACUUGUGAUUCUGAAAACGCACGUUGGAAUGAAGGAAGAACCUGGGGAAUUAGGUUAUGUGCAGUCGGAUUGAAUCCUGCUUUCUCAGUUACCAUCCAGUGAUAAGCAGUAAGACAAGAAGAGCCUAAACCUAUAGGCCCCAGUAGAGACUUCCCAGUGCCCCAGGUUCUUGGUUCUUCCAGCACACCCAUGUUCCAAAGACUUAAGAAGUACUGUCUUGCCUAAUCUAACCUCUCCAUAGCCCUCUCCUAUUAAAAGGAAAAUCCAAAAAUCUCUAUUCAUGUUAUGAGACACCUGCUAAGGGACAGAAGGAAAGAAAAAAUUAAGUGACUCUUCUAUUGCCACUGUUCUCGAUCCUUUGGUUUUACUUUGAGUCUUUAAAACUUUUUUUGUUGUUGUUGGUUUUUUUUUCUGGGGGGAGGGGGUUGAGACAGGGUUUCUCUGUAGCUUUUGGAACCUGUCCUGGAACUAGCUCUUGUAGGCCAGGCUGGACUUGAAAGCACAGAGAUCCACCUGCCUUUGCCUCGCCAGUGCUGGCAUUAAAGGCCUGCGCCACCACCACCACCCGGCAAAGCAAGUAUAAAUAUUUCUCAAAAUUUAUAAAGUUAAUAUAUGUAUAUACAUGUAUAUUAAAUUUUUAUGUAUUUUUGAGAUUUAUUUUUUUGUUAUGUAUACAGUGUUAUUCCUGCAUGCCAGAAGAGGACACCAGAUCUUAUAGAUGGUUGUGAGCCACCUUGUGGUUGCUGGGCACUCAGCACCACACCUCAGGAAGAGCCGCUAGUGCUCUUAACCUCUGCUCCAUCUUUACCCCUCUGUCAUGAUGUUAAUGGUCAUAUAGAAUACUGAUUCUAGAAAAAAGAUUUAUUAGCUUCCUGUACAUGAGUUCUGGGUUUGAGUUACUAUCAGGUAACUAGGAAUGAAGUUUUUGUUACUCUGGAUGUACUUAAUAAAUUGUGGUCCUUUAACCUUUUUGUAAUCUGCUGCAUAUGACAUUUAAAAUUGUUGUUUUCUGCUGUGUACAAUGGCAAUUCCUAACAGCAACCUUUGACGUCUCCAAAAGGAUGAUGGGGCCCCACAACGAUUCCACCUGCAUUGUGGAAAGGCCAUUACACUGACAGACACCACCCAAAGAUCGGCUUUGAUCUCCAAACUUCUCAGGACAAGUUCCAGGUGGCUAGCUGUGAUGGUGCAGCCUCACAGGCUCCUCCAGUGCAACUGGACAGCAAGUGAUAGAUACUACAGCUGGCUCUCCCAGGACUUGACAAUGGUCCCAGUUUUCUCAGGGUCCCCUAAAGAUGCCAUCACCCCCAAACAGCAGGAAGCAAUUUUAAGAACACGACGCCCACAUUCCCAAGAGGUGGGGUGGGCAGUUUUUGGUUGUUCAGUGGGUUAUGGAUACUUGUCAUUGUUUAUGGGGGUUGGAUACAAGUUGUUAUUAUUGGUAAUGGUCAGGAAAAACUGAACAAAGGAGAUUAGAUUCAGGGAUCUUCUGAAAA